AUGCCGCAAUUGAAGGGUAUUUCAAUUUAUUCGCUUCAUGGAAAAAUGGAUGCAAAAAGACGAACAGCAACCUAUCGGGCAUUUUUGAACCUUCCACCAACGUCACUGGCGCUUCUUUUAUGCACAGAUGUCGCUGCACGAGGGUUAGAUGUGCCUGAUGUAGAUUUCGUGAUACAAAUGGACCCUCCUCAAGACCCUAAAGUUUUUGCUCAUAGAUGUGGUAGAACUGCACGAGCAGGAAAAAAGGGUAAAGCACUCGUAUUAUUAGGUCAUGGAAGAGAGGAAGUUUAUGUAGAUUUUUUAAAAAUUCGUAAGAUUCCCUUAAAGCGAUUGGCGUAUAUUUUACCUGGUGAUAAGGAAUUUAGCACAAAUUAUCUAUCGAUAAACGAUGACGAUUUAAUAGCACAAGAUCCUGUUUUUGACGAUGAUAACGAGGUUCUUUUGGAACAAAUUCGAAAAAUUGUUUUGACGGACAGAGACUUGCAUGAUAAAGGGACUAAAGCCUUUGUGUCAUAUGUUCGUUCAUACUCUAAACACGAAGCAAACUAUAUUUUUCGAUUAAGGGAUUUGGAUUUAGGAAAAGUAGCGAAAGGCUAUUGUUUAUUGAAGCUACCUAAAAUGCCGGAAUUAAAAGAUAUCAAGAUUGAAUUUGAAGAGGCUAGCGUAAAUAUGGACGAAUACAGAUAUGCAAACAAAGCACGUGAGCAAAAGAGACUGUCGAAAUUGGAAAGCGAUAAAUCGAAAUUGAAUAUCCAGCAAGCCAGUCACCAAAAAAAAGUGCUCAAAGGUCCGUGGUCGGAAAAAAUAGCUGCCAAACAACGCAGGGUUGAACGAAGAAUCAAAAGAUCAAAAAAGAGAGAAUAUUUAAAAAAACGAAAGGCUGAAGAGAUAAAUGGAUCAUCCGAUACUAUUAACAAGAAUAAAGGUGUAGAAAUAUAUUCUGAAGAUGAAUGGGAAGAAUUACAAAAAGAGGAAAGGCUGGCGAAGAAGCUUAAGAAGGGUAUAAUUAAUCAAGAAGAAUUCGAAAGAGCGAUGGGAUUAAUGAACAAUGGCGAGAUAGAAGUAUGA